UCAGCUCCCUUUCUCCAGGUCCAGAGGAAACGGUGAUGUUUGAUGGCCGCCCGCUCCCGAGGUUGUUGGAGUCCUCGCAAUCGUAGAUCAAUCAUCGACAGAAAAGCUCUCACCAUGGAAACCCCCUACCUCCAGACUUUGCUCCUAGACCCCCCCUGUAGAGGGUCCAAUUACUGAAGGAAGGAAAGCUAUACUAAGACAAGCUUGACUGUGAAGAUAAAAAACACACACAAAGAAACACACAAACCAUGUAGUGUACUCAAGGAUGGGCGAGGGUCUCCGUUAAGUCUGAUUUAUAAUUUUUAUUUAUUUUUGUGGAUGUGAUCUCUGGAACAGAUCUGUGUGGCAUAUGUGCUUGUGUACAUGCACUGUAAGAAGAAAAAUAUGAUUAAUGUCCUGGCAGAAAGUUACCGGUAACUUUUUCAAAAGUUCACAAAAAUCUAUAGCUCUACAGUAUAUCCUCAGUACAUUUUAAUAGACAUUACUGUUAAUGUAACAGAUAUCUAAAUACGGACUAACCUGUAAAAAAAUCCUCCAUAUUAACACGGUAUUUUAGCCCGUAUUUCUAAGGACUUUCUAACAGCGUAGGCUAGCUUGCAAGGCGAGGUGAGCGUGACAGAGAGAAAGACGAAAGAGAGAGCAAAGAGGGUAGAGAUGGUCCUCCACACCUCCCCUUACUCCAGUGCCUGCCUGCACUUCCUGGACGGCUUGUCAUGGAGCCUGGUGUUCCCCUGCUACUGGCUCCUGGACCGGCUCCUGGGCUCCUGCGUGGCCACCUCGCUGGAGAAGCGCCAGCGCUCCCAGGACCCCUGCUCCUUCCUCACCCUGUGUGUGGUGAUCUCAGCGCCCCUUUACCUGCUCCUCCUCCUCGCCUCGCUGCCCUUCGCCCUGCUGGGCUUCGUCAUCUGGGCCCCCCUGCAGGCCGUCCGCCAGCCAUACCUGUUCACCUACCGGAGACCAGACAAAGUGCAGGCCGAGCAGGGCCAGGCUGGCCCGGGGGUUGUUGGCAUCGGGGAGUGGAGGGCGCAGGGCAGGAGCUUCUGUUUCUGCAGUGCCAACGUAUGCCUGCUGCCUGACUCCCUGGCCAGGUUCAACAACCUGUCAGACACCCACCGGAGAGCCCGUGAGGUGGGGAAGAGGAUCCGCAACGGGGCCAGCCGGCCUCAGAUUAAAAUCUACAUCGACUCCCCCACUAACACUUCCAUCAGUGCGGCAUCCUUCAGCAGCCUUCCUACAGGUUUCCGCCGUACCUCCUCUCUGGACCAGCGACCAGACCAAACACACACCACCAACGGCCCAGCCGACCCUGAGGCCGAACCCCUCACCGAGUGCCCAAUUCACCCCUCAGUUGCCACCGACUGCCCCGUUCACCCGCCUGCAGGAGACCAGGGCUCCUCUGAAUGCCCUCUGCACCUCAACGGAGGAGACACAGCAGCAGACUGCCCCCUCCACCCUGCAGGGACUACCAGCAGCUCAGACUGUCCCGUUCACACCUCAGGCGAGGCUCCAAACUGCCCCAUGCACUCCACAGGGGCUCAGAGUGGCCAGGGCCAUCAAGACUGCCCCAUGCAUGGGGACGGGAACCAGACAAAACCAUCGUCAGUCUGCCCACUGUACACCUCAGGGGUUCAAAUAAGCAUCAGCGCCCCGGAACCAGACCCACAGGAAGAGGAGGCCAGAACAGGGAACCAUAGGCCUGGGGAGGGAGGGGGAGACACAGGCAGCAUGACCGCCUCCAGGGAGUCACUUGCCCGUUACCAUGGCGGUGACACUGGCAUGGGGAUAUCCUCCAAUAACACUCUCUCACACGUCCCGCGUACGUCCAUCUUCAAACGCCCUGGGCGAAAACGCCGCCACGGAGACGAGACAUUUGACCACGAGAUCUCUGCCUUUUUCCCCGCCAACCUCGAUUUCCUGGCUCUGCAGGAAGUGUUUGACCACGGGUCGACGACUAGACUGCGGCGCCAGUUGCAUCGCUACUUCCCCUACGUGCUGAGCGAUGUCGGCAGGUACGGCUGGAAAGGCUGCUGCUCCAGAUUCAAGUUCCUGAACAGUGGCCUGAUGCUGGCCAGUCGCUACCCAAUCCUGGACGCCCGGUUUGAGUGCUACCCCAACGGGAGGGGGGAGGACGCUCUGGCGGCCAAGGGGGCGCUGUUCGCCAAGGUUCACGUGGGCACCUCCCAUCAGGACCAAAGGGUUGUGGGAUAUCUCACGUGUACGCACCUCCACGCCAUCGAAGGUGAUGCAUCUGUACGCUGUGAGCAGCUGGACCUGUUGCUCCAGUGGGGGGCUGAGUUUCGCCAAUCCACAUCCCAACUAUGUGAAGGAGAGAAGGUGCUGGAAGACCUGGUGGCCUUUGAUGUCAUCCUGGGAGAUCUCAACUUUGAUAACUGUUCUUCAGAGGACAAGCUGGAGCAGCAGCAUGCACUUUUUACUCAAUACAAGGACCCGUGUCGCCUGGGGCCAGGGGAGGACAAACCAUGGGCUCUGGGAACUUUACUGGACCCCAGUGGCCUGUACGACGACGAGGUCAGUUCACCUGAAAGUUUACAAAAAGUGAUGGAGAACGAGGAGGGGAGGAAGGAGUACCUGGUGUUUCCUCCAAGUAAGAGCCAGUGUCCCGCCAGCAGUCAGAAAGGGAGGAAGAUCCCGCUGAAGGGCAACGGACGCCGGAUCGACUACAUGCUCUACAGCGACGAGGGCCUGCAGCCGGACUGGAAACUGGAUAUCGAGGAGUUCAGCUUCGUCACCCAGCUGGCCGGCCUCACCGACCACCUGUCUGUGGCCAUGCGAUUGGCUGUUUCCACCGGAGAAGAGGAGACUUAGAUUGACCACCUGAGCUUAUUAUUAAUUAAUUUUCAAAUACUGCCAUGGAAGGAGUGACAGAUGACCAGGAAGAGAAGAGGAGAUAAAGAGUUUGCAGUGACCGAUCGGCUUGAGAAAGACUAUAAAUGCAUUGAAGGGAGAAUGAAAUCGACAGAUGAAUCACUUGGAGGAGCACUCAGGGGAUGAAUGGAUUUAAAGAAGGUGGAGGAGAGCACAGCAGAGGAGUGAUAUGAAAGAGAAAGACUCUGGAGGGGACAGAUAAGCCGGGCAGUUCAGUUUAGAAAGCCAGAAAGAUAUUCAUCUUCCUGGGUAAACCUCCCACACACACACACACACACACACACACACACACACUAAAUACACCACCUUAAACACAAACACCACUGAUUGACAUUUUGACUGUUGGAUAUCUCUUCUUCGUUGAACUGAAGGUUUUUAUUUUUUCAGUGAAUUGUGUUCAUGUAGCCAAUUUACACACACUUCUUUCAUUGGAUCUUUCUAGCCGUAGAGUAAGUAUGCGUUUUUUAAUGAUUCUACCUUCAGGGACAGUCGGAUCGUCUUUAGCGUACAGCUACUGACUGGCCUUUACACUGACCUGUGUCCUUGUGUCGUGCUCCGUCCUGAAUGGCUACUGGUCGUUCACCUUACUACUCCCACGUCAGUCCCAGGAACCUCAACAAGUGUCUUUUUUUCUAAAAAAAAAACACAAAACACAAAACUAGUCUUUCUAAAAGAAGAUUUUUUAUAGGGAGUUUAAAUGCUUGUUUAUUACUAUAUGGUAUGUUUCUAAAAAAAAAAAGAAGAAGAAAAA